AUGGCGCCGAAGAAGCGGCCAGCCGCGGCAGAGGACGAGGGCAGCGCCAAGGGCGAGGCCGCGGCCGCGGCCGCGGGGGAGGGCGCGGCCGCGCAGGACGCCAAGCAGGACCCCUCCAAGGAGGCCAGGAGCGCCGCGCAGGCGGUGGCGAGGCAGCAGAGGGUGGUCGGCAAGCUGAUGGCCGAGAAGGACGCGCUGAUGGCCAAGCUCAAGGCCAACAAGGACGCGACGAAGAAGGCGGAGCAGGAGCUGGAGUGCCUGCGGGAGGCCGCGCGCAAGAGGGCAGCGGCCGCGGGGAGGGUUAGGUCUGCGAAGCAGAAGGCCCAGCGCGAGAAGCAGGCCGCGAGGGCAGCGACGAAGCAGGCGAGGGCGCACGCCGCGCUCAAGGCCUCCAAGAAGCGGCUGGACGGCAUGAGGGGUGCGCUGUCGGCCGCGCGAGGCAAGGCAGAGGCCGCCACAGACGCCUACAAGAGGGCGACUCAGGCGUUCGAGCAGGCCAAGAAGCGGUGCAAGGAGCUGCGGGAGAGUGGAGAGCACGUCCCCGAGGAGGGCGAGAAGGACCUGUCCGCGCCAGGCGCUUGGAAGCCGCCUGGCCUUCAGGCCGCUAAGGCCCGGGACGCGGCCAAGGUGGUGCUCGUCAGGAUGAAGGCGGCGUGGGAGAAGGCCCAGGCCGUGUUCGAUGCGAAAGAGGCGAGGCAAAAAGCCAUCAAGGAGAAGAUGCAGGCGGUGAAGACGAGUCAGCUGGUCACCGAAGACGGCGCCCCGGCAAAGGUUGCCAAGAGGUUGGGCUUGCUGGAGGGCAGCGGCGGCGUCCACCGCAAGGACCCGUCACCGAAUGCUGCUCACGGCGCCCAGGGCAAUGGCCCUGGAGGUUCUGCCGAGCUGCCGGUGAGCGUGCGCGUGGGUCGGGCAGCAGACUGGGCCGCCAGCGGCCAGCUGGGCGAGACCGACCUCCUGGUGCUCGACCACCGAGGAGCGCGGUACCACGAGGAUCUUGCGGCCAUGGAGCCCCGCCUAGCGCCCGGCGCCCGCGUCCUUGCCGACAACGUGCUCUCGCCAGGGGCGCCGCUGUUCCUCCCGUACGUGCAGGGGCGGUACGACGUCGCGAUAUACGAGGUCGACGAGUUCCUGCGGCCUGGCAGGACCGACUGGAUGGUGCUGUGCCGCUCUCGCGGGCGCGAGGCGCUGCUGCGCGACCCCUGGCCUGCGCCGCCAGAGCUGCACCAGUGGUCGGCAGAGAUCGACGAGGUCUGCUUCCAGAGCUGCAGCAUCGGAGCCACGUCGGAGGGCCGCCGCGGCCACGUGGGCGCCCCCGCCUGGCUGGAGCUGCAGCGGGGGCUGGAGCCGGAAAACUCGAUUCCCAAGGCGACUGCCGCACCGCAGCGCGCGCCCGCCGCUGCGGCGCCAGGGGUGACGCCGGUGGGGCUGCUGGCCGCGGUGUGGGCGGCCGCCGCGGUGGGCGCCGUGUUGCGGGCGGCGAAGCCGCAGCAGACGCUUGCGGGCAGCGGCGGCGCGCUCGCGCCUCCGCCAGCGGAGCUGUGCGCGGCCGGCGUGGAGGCGGCCAGGCAGGCGGCGCGCCGGGCACUCCUGCCAGGAGCGGGAGCCGGCGCCCCGGCGGCGCCCAAGGGGGAGAAGCGGAAGGCCCCCGAGCAGCCCGAGACCUCGGAAGCCUCCAGGUGGGCCCGCGUGAAGUCGCUGGCGCCCCCGGUCGGGCCCAAGCGGGUCGAGGACAACUACGACAUCUCGGACACCGAGGAGGACCUGAACGGCAACCGUGUGGAGCCAGACCGUACAGGUAAGCACGUGCCCUCUUGGUCCACGAACUACCUGCAGGCGGUCCAGGCGCAGGCGUCGCUGGAUCCAGACAGCAUCUUUGGCACGCGGGUGCCCCAGUGCGACUUGGAGGCGAUCUUCCCAGACAGGUUCUACAGGAUGGGUUUCAACCCGGUGAAGAAGAGGCGUAGGGGCUCAUCGGGCGCGUGGGCACCAGACGCGCUCGGGAGGCAAGAGAUCAAGACCUACGCGGCCAGAAUGGGGCACACCAGGCGCUUCUCCACGGUCGCCGGGGCCUUCGCCCAGAGGAUCCGAGGCAGGCCGCCCAAAGGCGCCCCGGCCUCGUGUGACGCGGCGCGCGCGGACCGCAAGGGCGGCGCCUGA